GUCUUAUUAUCGCGCGAACUCGGUGCCCGACCCGGUUAAUCGGAGAAGAGACGCAGAUAACGUUCGAGCCUGUAACUUCUGCAGAGAAUUUCUCUCUCCCGUCUUCCUUUUACCGGUCCGUUUCGAGUGAAACAGAAGAUGGCGACCGGUUUAGCGAUGAACCGAUGCUCAAUUUCAGUAUGCAGAACGGCCGACGUUUUACUAAACCGGCCAACGGUCUCCGUCGUCAGGAAUUUGAAAUUCAAUCGCCGGCUAAUCGGAAACUGCUCGAUUGCAUCGGCGGUUCCUUACAUCGUCGCGGAGGACGAGAAGUACGGUAACAAACAGGUCAUCAGCCUCACUCCUCGCCUCUACGACUAUAUCCUCUCCAACGUUCGUGAGCCUGAGAUUCUCAAGCAGCUUCGUGAAGAGACUGCGAAGAUGCGAGGUAGUCAGAUGCAGGUGUCUCCUGAUCAGGCGCAGUUACUAGCAAUGCUUGUACAGAUUCUUGGAGCUGAGAGGUGUAUCGAAGUUGGAGUUUACACGGGAUAUUCAUCAUUGGCUGUGGCGUUGGCUCUACCUGGAUCAGGACGUCUUGUUGCCUGUGAGAGAGACUCUAACUCUCUUGAAGUUGCUCAGAGGUAUUACGAGCUUGCUGGUGUCUCUCACAAGGUUAUUGUGAAACAUGGUCUUGCAGCAGAGUCAUUGAAAUCAUUGAUUGAGAACGGUGAAGGAUCCAGCUAUGAUUUUGCAUUUGUCGAUGCUGAUAAAAGGAUGUACCAGGACUACUUCGAAUUGCUUCUUCAACUCGUCAGGGUUGGUGGAGUCAUCGUGAUGGAUAAUGUUCUUUGGCAUGGACGAGUUGCUGAUCCUAUGGUGAAUGAUGCAAAGACCAUCAGCAUUAGGAAUUUCAACAAGAAGUUAAUGGAUGACGAACGCGUAAGCAUUAGUAUGGUACCAAUUGGUGAUGGCAUGACUAUAUGCCGCAAGAGAUAAUCCUCUUUUUUAAAAUCCGAGUGAACCUGAUCCAAAGAGAGAAAUGAAGCCGACCGCAUCACUGUCUGUAAACCGUUCUUUGUUUGGACAGGAGACACAGUUCUGACUGCAUUCUAGCAAAGAAAGACUCGGGCACAGAGAAGCCUGAUCAACUUGGGAAGGCCCAAUCUCAUUCAGUUACUAUUCUUUUUUUGGCAUUUUGGCGGUUCUGAUUGCUUGAAAAUUAGAAUUUUGAUUAAUGUUGAACUUGCAUAACCUUACACCAAUGGGACUUAAAAACAAAUUUGAUGAGAUGAAACCAGCAAACCGAGAUUGCCUCUAAACAGCGUGAUGUUUGAUGGUUGGGAUAUAAAACAAAGCUGUGGCCACCAAUCUUCUCCUGCAAGGAGUGAAGGAUGAAAAUGAGACCGCCAACCUGCUCAUGCAAGAUUGAAGGACGCAGAUGAGGCCAUGCGUGCCCUCUACACCAUCAGAAGAAACUAGAUCUUUAAGAUUCUUAAUAGAAAAAGUAACUGAUCUUUCUCUCUGUUCUUCUAUUCUAGUUAAAAGACUUGAUUAGCAAACAAUAUUAUGAUUAUGGUUGUACUUAUAUAAUAUUUCUCUCUGAUUAAAGACUUUUUUGUACU